CUAAUUAAUUUUAAUUUAAUUAGUUAGUUUACUUUAUUAUUAGGUUAGUUAUUAAAUAUAUACCAGUGCUUAGACCUUGAGCUACUAAAUGAGCUACUAUUACUAAAUGAAUUGGAUAUAUUUUAGCCAUUAUUUUUUGGUGAUAAUUAUCAUCACUAUCUGUCUAUACAAUUAUUAUGUCAAUUCACAGAAGGCACCGAUAUGUCUGAGCCCGACGCUCGACACCGCCGACCAUAUGGCCAACAACUCGGUCCGACUAUAUAAGGGCAACCAAUACUGGGAUCUGAUAGGACUGCCCGAUAGGGUUGGGUUUCUCAGGUCACCCAAACAGCAGCCGAUUGUUUGGGAAAAUUUUGGCAAACUAUCCCAUCGGACACAUGUGGUGUCGUGUUUUACCGGCAAUCGCAGGGGUUAUGUCUACAAGUUUGAGGGCAACCGAUUGUGGGCGUGGUCAACAUCGGCUGCCCAAUGGAUUGGCGGCAAAGAUGGCCAACAGUUUAAGCUGAUGCCUACCGAUGCUGACCCCACCAACGGGUUUGACAUUGUCUUUCAUAACGGUUUGAAAGACAAUCCACAGCUGAUAGCUAUGAUUGGCAAUAAAGUAUACUAUUAUUCGACAAAACAAUAUUACAUAACACUGGCCGAGGAUACCGAAGCAAGCGGUCAUCCAAACGGUAAAUACGGAGAAAAUUUCCCGACGGGUGUGGACGCAGCCUUUUCGUGGCCAUCGGACGACGGAAACGGUUAUUUGAUUUUCUUUUUCAAAAAAGACAAAUACUGUUUCAGAAAAGAUAAGCUCGAAUCGGGAAAAGAGUGCGAUGAAUGGCGUGAUUCACGGGAACUGUUUGGUUGUAAUAAUUAAUUGUGUUUCGGGAAAAAUGUUCGGGAAUUUGUUGUCAACACUACUAUUAUAAUGUAUGAGUUUAAAAAUAAAUUAAAUAUUUUUCACAAAUUUUACCUGAUUAUAUUAUAUUUAAC